UUGCCUUUGGUGCAUAAACAGAGAAACCAGGUCCUAUAUACAAUGAGAUGCAUAUUUAUCUAAUGAGAAUAUUCCUCGAAAGCAUAGCAGGCGCGCGAUACUGCACGCUCCGUACAUCAGUUAGAGGCUGGAUGAUCAUUUAUAACAGUGGCGUGUGACUUUUGGACAGUUGCACGGUUAGUGCUAGUUGACAGAUUAUUAUUUUUUUUUCUGCGAAGGUUUGUCGAUGAGAUGAAAUUCUACAAAGUUUCGCCCUGAAGGGGAAGAAUAUUGUUUAAGUGGUCCAAAUGGCACGCAUCGUAAUCAGAUGAUCGCAUUUUCGCAUUGCAAGACGAAGGAAACAUGAAAUGCUAAUAUUUGAAAGUGUUACUCGUUGAUUUCUUUCAUCUUUUUAAUUGGAAAGGAUAUAGUGGAUAACAAUGGACAACAAGGCCAUGUACAUCAGCUCAUACGAGGAACGGGAGAAUGGAUCCUUCUACGAAGAGGGAUAUGAGGGCAUGAGUAGCAGGAACCUCUCCAAGCUGAACCUGUGUGAAGAAAUCAGGCCGACCAAGAGACGGAGGAAAGCAGACACUUGCUGCGGCCACCUGGACUCUCUGUCUGCCGUCAAGUACGCCAUCGUCUCCUUGUAUAUUCUCAUACUGCUCUGUAUCUUCGGCCUUUGUGUGGCAGUAUCCAGGUCUCAGGCCGCCUCAGAGAAGCAGGAGAUGUUGAUGGAGAAUGUUACCCGACUGGGGGACCGGUACAGGGAGCUGCAGCAGUCUUUGAACCAGCUCUUCACCCAGUCAGACGUUCUAGAGAACAUCUGGAAAUUGCAGAAUCUCCUCCAGAAUCACUCACACACGCUGGCACAGCUGGGUCUGGCUGUGCAGGAGCUGGAGCAGGAGGUACAGAAACUUCGGUACCGGUCAGAUGAGACGACCAGCUCCAUGGCGGUGCUGAGUGAUCGGGUCGGCAAGUUGAGCUUGGCUAGCUUGGGAAACUGGAGCAGCCUGCAGGCCGACUUGGCCCAGAUGGCCGGAUCGCUACGCUUCCAGGACACGCUACUCCAGGACACGGCCGGCCAGGUGGUCCUUCUCAAAGACAAGCUGGACGAGGUCACCUGGACCGUGGGGAACGUCAACCGGACGUUCAUGAACGACAUCACCAUCCAUCGCCUGAACAUCCAGGAUUUGCAGGUGCUGGUUGGCAAUGUGACCGAGGAGUCCCGAACUAUGAGAAUAACUCAGCUCUCCAUGGAGGAUCAGCUGAAGAAUGAGAUCAAAAUCCUGAGCACCAUCACAGAAGACCUGAGGCUGAAGGACUGGGAACAGUCUACUGCUUUGAAGAACCUGACUCUCAUAGAAGGACCACCUGGACCAAAGGGUGACAAAGGAGAUGUUGGACCACGUGGUGCCUCAGGAUUUCCGGGCAUAGUUGGUUUGAGAGGAAUUGACGGGGAACAAGGCAUCCCAGGGCCACGGGGCCCAAAGGGGGCCCCCGGGUUGGACGGUCGUCCAGGGCAGAAAGGGGAUCCUGGACCCCCAGGGCCAAAAGGUGAACGGGGCAAAAACGGAGAAAAAGGUGACAAAGGAGAUGGCGGUACAGUGGAGGAGACACUGGUCAGACUGGUCAACGGCUCGGGUCCGCACGAGGGACGGGUGGAGGUGUUCCACGAGAAGAGGUGGGGCACCGUGUGUGACGACGUGUGGGACAAGAGGGACGGCGAUGUGGUGUGCAGGAUGCUCGGCUACAACGGGGCCCGGCAGAUACACAAAACGGGCUGGUUCGGCCAAGGUCAAGGGCUGAUUUGGAUGGAUGACGUAGCCUGCUUGGGAACAGAAGAAGCCAUCCAUGACUGCAAGUUCUCAGGCUGGGGGAAAACCAACUGUGGCCAUGUGGAGGAUGCCGGAGUCACAUGCAACAACUAACUACCCGGCCAGGACCAAUCAGAUUUGUCUGUAACCGGGGAAGAUGGAAGUAUCUUGCCGGGACUGUCCCUUCUACACCACACAUAUUUCGUAAUUGGAUUUAGAUAUUUUGCAAUUGGAUUUUGAUUGGAUCUCAUAAAGAGGUUCAAGUGUUGGGCUCAGAGCAACAUCAACUAGGGCAGCAACUGCUCUUGGAAUAAAGGGAGCACAUUGGCUGGACAUUCUGGACUAGACUACAAUUCCAUAAAGAUCUUUCCAAAACUCAAAAUCUUGAAUUCUGGUUCAAUAAGUCCUGAUGUAACUCAUUACCAAGGGUGCCCCAUAUCAGGUCCAAUUCUGGAGCCAGUGAUGAUUUAUGUAUGUUUUAAUCAUAUACAUUUUAAGGCUGUCGGAGAACUUCUAUGGUCAUUUCUCCCCAUCCAGCUAAUUCUUUUGUCAGACCAUUUCCAAGAAAAACACUCCCUUCAUCAACAGCCUCUCUGCUGAUGUAAAAACUGUGAAAUGGCUUAAAUAUGGAAACUGUGACUCUUGUCAAGAAUUGGAGAAAAAACUAGAGUUUGGAAAAACUUAUUAAAUGCAAAAGCGGAAAAGAGAGGCAUAUAUAAUAACAAGAUUUUAAAUGUCAUCUUAAAUUACUCCACGUAACAUCAGAAGUAAUAGGCAUUGAAAUUGUUCUCUUUAAAUGAUUUAAAUCAAAAGAGUUUGAACUAAGUAUGCUGUUCCAUUGAAGAUCAACAGAAAAUAGUACUGUGGGCACCCAAGACUCAUCCACUAUCAAUACACAAGCCUAGGAGAAUGUUCCAUGGAACAUCAUCAGUUGACCACCUCAACACAUGUCAAAGAUGCACAUAAGACAUUUGAAACUUAAUGUACUCAAUGCAAAGAUCAACUGAUGUAUUAGUCAUGAUAUGACUGUUAUAAUUUAUUAGAACAGACUCUUACAUUUCCAUAGUCUGCAACGUUACAUAUCUAGACUUGAUAUUUGCUGUUAAUUCAGAUAGCUGUAUACUCAUGGAAGAAAUGCUAGUUAAGUUUCGCACAAGAAUUCUCUUGGCCAUAGCUCAAGUCACUCAACCACAAGACCACCCAAGUGCUCCAACAGUGUAUGAGCUUGUGAUAAAUUUUGCUCUGUUGACAAUGCUGAACUAGAAUCCUUGCAUGCUUGUGUUCAGAAAGUCCAAGAAAGAUCUGGCCCAGUCUGAGGGGUCCUUUCACUGGGGUACAGAGAGCGAAAGCCAGCGUACUGUCCUGUGUUCGGAUUUGAAACCCGACAUGCAAACAUUGAACUUAGUUGACUACAUUUUUUCUAAUGACUUGCUUAUCAUGUCCAGAGAUUAUUACCCUUUGCAAUGAAUGAAAAGAUGAAAAAAGUUAACUAUUCAAUGCAUUUUAUACAGAAAAUAUUUCAUAGAAACUAUGUAUUGUGGUAUUUUGUCAUUGUAAUAAUAACUACCUUGUUUUGUUGAACAUUCAGCUAAUUCAUUGCACUUAUUUUUUGUUAUUAUUGUCACGUUGUGAACAUAGAGAAUUUAACCUUGCUGCUUUGUUUACCAGACUCCUGCUAUUUUUUUCAGUGUUUGAACUCACAGUUUGCUGUUUUAAGGGCACUUUGAACCCUGUUAUUUUUGCCAUAAAAUUGAAAAAAGUUGACUUGGGCUUUGGCUCUCAAACAUCAAGACUCACAGACAGUUUUUUUUUUGUUUUAAAUCCCAUGGUGUUUAACGGCAUUUUGCUCGAUUAGUUUAACUGGACAGAACGAUACCAAAUCAUUCAUUAAUGAAACACAGAUGGAGGCCUUUCUAACUCAGACACCAGGAAUUCUAUCUUCCAGCAUUUCUGAGAAGCCAACAAGCUCAUUAACUUCUUCUGCAUACCAACAACUCAUUUCUGCUUUUGAUAUACAGCAGGUUUAUCGAUACCAGAGUGACUAAAUGAAAAUCAUAUUUUUCCAGGACAAAAAUGACAUCAAAUUAAAGUGGAGUUUUUCUUCUCAUACCAGCUAGCUGGAACGUUUAAUGAUACAGAAAAUUAUCACGGAGCCCCCUUCUGCAUCUUUACUUAUGUUUGGUUGUCAAAUGUGGUCUGUGGUUUAUCAAAAUAAAUGUAUCUGAUGAGAAUGUACUUUUAAAAAGGCAUUUUAUUAAAUAACUUGUAGCUUACAGCUACCAUUUGAAAAGUGUCAAUAUAAUACUUUUUGUAAACGAUAACUUUUAUAUGCUGUGGAGAGAGAAAAUAAAGUAUACCUUUGUUUUUA